AUGGCUAAAUUUAAAUUGAAAAAACCAUCUAAAAGGCAGCCGGCUCGACUCCGGUAUAAAAUUGAGAAGAAAGUGAGAGAACACAAUAGAAAAUUAAAAAAGGAGGCAAAGAAAAAUCCUAAAUCCAAGAAAAACAAACCUAUUCAAAUACCCAAUGUGUGCCCUUUUAAAGAAGACAUUUUAAAAGAGGUAGAAGCCGUAAAGAAACAUAAAGAAGAAGAAAAACAGAAAAGGAAAGAGCAAGCUAAAUUAGAAAAACAGAAGAAAUUAGAAGAAAAGAAAAAUAACCCAGUUGCUAUGGAUACUUUGGUAGCUAAUGCAGAGGCAAGAGGCAAGGUUCAUGAUGCAUUUAAAGGCAAUGAUAAUGCAAAUGAUAACAUAGAAUUUGGUAAAGACAGACAACAGGAGAACUCCCUAAAAACAUAUUAUAGAGAAUUUAAAAAAGUUAUAUCUGAAGCUGAGGUGAUUUUGGAAGUAGUUGAUGCGAGAGACCCAUUAGGUACAAGAUGUGUUCAAGUAGAGGAAGCGGUUCGUGAAUCCGGCAAGCGUUUAGUUUUAGUGCUUAACAAGGCAGAUCUUGUGCCACGUGGCAAUCUAUCAGCAUGGUUGAAGUAUUUGCGUAGGUUUGCGCCCGCAGUACCUUUCAAAGCCUCCACGCAGGAUCAACAGCAUAAUUUAGGCAGAAGGAAAAUGAAGCAUAUUGUUAAAGAAAAAGAAAUGAAAGGUUCAGCAUGCGUCGGAGCAGAGCUUCUUAUGAGCCUAUUAGGAAACUACUGUCGCAACAAAGGCAUUAAGACUUCGAUUACUGUAGGCGUCGUCGGCUUGCCUAAUGUUGGCAAGAGUUCUAUUAUCAACAGCUUAAACAGAUCGAAAGCCUGUAAUGUUGGCAGCACUCCUGGUGUUACUAAGCAAAUGCAAACAGUCCAACUGGAUUCAAAGAUUAAAAUCCUCGACAGUCCUGGAAUAGUCUUUCAUUCAGGAUCAGAUAAUGAUGCCUCCGUAGCAUUGAAGAAUGCGAUACGAGUUGGCAGCCUCAAAGAUCCGGUGACACCAGCAACUGCAAUAUUACAACGUGCACACAAACAAACACUGGUUGAUUUGUAUUGCGUACCACAGUUUAAUACUCCACAGGAAUUUUUUGCAAGUUUGGCAUCGCGAAUGGGCAGGUUCAAAAAAGGCGGGGUGCCUGAUCAAGAGGCCGCAGCCAGGAUAUUGUUGAACGAUUGGAACACUGGCAAGGUGCGAUACUUUACAGAACCGCCAGAAGAAGAUACGAACGUGCAUGUGGACGCAAAAAUUGUAACCACUAUCGCCCAGGAGUUUGACAUCAACUCUUUCGAGGCGAUGGAGACCGAGGCCAUGGACGCGUUGCAAGCAGGGAAAGAUGAUAUUGAAGGCAUUAAGAUAACUAGUACAGGGCCUGUCAAAGCUGCCCUAGAAGAUGAUAUGCAAGUGGAUGAAGACGAAUCUUCGUUGCUACCUAAAAAAGUUAACAUCAGGUCGAAAUUAGAGAAAAAUGAGAAAACAAAGGGGAGGGAGAAAAACGACCCCGAAAUGCUUAUAGAGGGUAACACCAAACAGAACAAGUUGCGGAAGAUGCAGUUUAAGAAGGAUAAAAAGAAACAGAAGAAAGCGGAGAAGCAAGCGGUGAAUCUAGCGGAUGUGUUGGAGAAUGUCACUCUAACUACGUAUAAAAAAACCGACGAUUACGACUUUAAAGAAGACUUCUCGUUGUAG